GUGAAGGUCCUGCUCCUGAUUGGAAUGACCUGCAGCUGGUAAAAGACACACACAAGCUAAUACUUCACAUGUCACCAAAGAACCACUACAGCAUGUGAGAAUUGAACUGAGGUCUCUGGUGGCUGGUGAAGAUGGCAAUGAUGGCAGUUUGGAUGGCAAUUCUAAUGACUUAUGGAGCCUCUAUAGGAAUUGCAAAGAACUCUGUUGAACCUGGGUUAAAAGGUCAAGUUCCACUGGAUUUGGCUCCGAACGCUGUUGAUGACAUGUACACUGGUUGCAAAGACAAAAUGGAGAACAGAGUCAAGAAUGAAUAUCUGGCGAAUGAGAAAAACAAAGACAUGAAUUUCACACUAGCCUGGGUUGAAGCAGAGAAAUUCUAUAACAAAAAAUGGAAGCGUAAAAAGGGGAAGCAACCUUCUACUGGACUGGGGAAAGAACAGAUCAUGGCUUUUUAUAUUUAUACCCUCGAUAAACCAAAAAUCUAUCUGGAUUUCAAUAACGCAGUGCGGACACAGAAAGCUAAGUACAAGACCACGUUCAUGUAUCACACACUUCACUUUUUCCUGACUGACGCCCUUCAAACUCUCAACGCUUGUAAACCUGUAGCAGAACGAUGUCUGACUGGCUUCCGUAGAGUCAACAGCUACUUCAGCCAAGAUGUUGUCAACAAGGGGAUUCGCUUUGGCUCUUUUACCUCCAUCUCAAUGGGUUGGUACCCCAGUGCUGAAAGAUUUGGAGACAAAACAUGUUUUGAAAUCGUCACAUGCUACGGAGCGGACAUCUCGCUGUACUCUAAGCUUGGAGAGUCGGAAAGGGAGGCCUUAAUUCCUCCUUAUGAGGUCUUUAAAGUGACAAAGAUAGAGAAGAGAUCUGACCGGAAGAAUCUUCCAUGUGAGGUGGUCUAUAAAGUGAAGAGCAUAGGAAAAACUCUGUCCACUUUGAAUUGUGCUCUUUUCUAAAAUAACCAGUCUCAAGUGUUUAAGAAACAAUUCAUAUCAAUAAAAAAAUGCAAAUAAUACUGAAUGUUGAGUUGCACCAGAUGAGAUGAUUUCACGUAAUUUUCAAAAAUUUAUUCGUAUAUUGAUUUGUAGAUUUAAAUAAAGGCAUAGUGAUAUUCUGACAAUUUUGUUAUUAUGCAUAGGAAAUGCCAAUAUUUUAAUAUACAGUUACAGUUAAUAAACUUUUGAAGUCCCAAAUACCCAGGGAUGAAGAGUUUAUGAAAAUGUAUUCUUUAAAUAUCUGUAACAAUGGUUAAAAAAUCCUGUCAAAAGUGUAAAAAAAAAAGGGUACAAAAUGUAAUAAAAUAUACUUGUUUCACAAAC